AAUAGUAAAUGUGUUUCUACAUGGCUUUCUUGAAGACGGGAUUGGAAUGAUACUUUUGCGUGGUAGAUAUCAGGACAUGUCUGAGUUAGUGGAUGCGCGCGUUUAUCUGCUGCACUUGUUGCACUGAGGCGAACAGGCUGCUCAAUCAAACGUUAACGGACGGAGACAAAUACACCGUUACCGACGAGGUCUUGUGUUUUCAUUUCGCAGAUCUGUAUCUUCAAAAACACCAAAUCGUGCUCACGAUGCCAGUGUUAAUGAGUCCAGAGAUAGCGAAUAAAUUCAAAGAGAGAUGGAUGAUGCUUCAUCCGGAGGAUCAGGACAAUGUCAGCGGCUCUGUUCACUUUGACGACAGUCUCACCAGCCUGCACUGGCUGCAGAACUUCUCCAUCCUCAGUGCCAAUCCUGAGCGGACUCCCAGCUCUGGCUGCCAUCCGCAACACCUCUUCUACCACAAAAACCAGCUGGGGGGCACCGACUCACCCUCCAGCCCACCUGCUGGAGAUACCGCCGCCGCAGGGAUGCCACAAACACCUGGGAAUCCCACAACGUCCUGCAGCAGUUUGGCGAAUUCAUACGCGCAGCAGCAAGCGGGACACUACAUAACAGCGCAAACAAAUGCGUCUGAGGAAAUAGACUAUAAAACAAACCGCCAUGUGAAGCCACCCUAUUCAUAUGCCACUCUGAUUUGCAUGGCAAUGCGAGCUAGCAACAAAACCAAAAUCACUCUGUCAGCCAUAUACAGCUGGAUCACGGAGAAUUUCUGCUACUACAGAUACGCGGAGCCAAGUUGGCAGAAUUCAAUCCGCCAUAACUUGUCCCUGAACAAAUGCUUCAUGAAAGUGCCCAGACAGAAAGACGAGCCAGGAAAAGGAGGCUUUUGGCAAAUCGACCCGCAGUACGCUGACAUGUUUGUCAAUGGCGUUUUCAAACGGCGGCGAAUGCCUGCCACAAACUUCAAUACCCAAAGACAGAGCAAAAUGUUAUCCUCUCCCAGCUCCUCGUACGGCUCUCAGUGCAACCAGACCGGCCAACAAAUGGGAAUGGGCCACUUCCAAGGACCUGUCCCAGGAAACAAACGCAAGCAAGUCUUCCCCAAACGAGGCAGCAAGCUGGCCAGAGUCUCCAAGAGCCCUCUGUUAACCACCGACAUUAAAACUUCAGACGUACUGAGAGGAGAUUUUGACCUGGCGUCUGUUUUUGACGAUGUGUUAAGUGGGAAUGACAGCACGUUUGAGGAUUUGGAUAUCAACACAGCGCUGAGCUCGCUGGGAUGCGAGAUGGAGCAAUCUUCACAGAACCAGCACGGGCCUGGCUACAGCAAUGAGGACGAACAGGCUUGUGCUUACCUAGAGGCAAACGGCAUGAUGGGAUCCAACAUGGAGGACUUUCACCAACAGCACCACCAGCAAGUACAGGUCCAUCCGCAAUAUUACGAGGGAAUGUUCACAGAUCAGGUUCACCAGCAUCAGCACCCUUGGGAGAUUAAAGAGGAAGUCCAAGCCAUCCCACUUACCUUGGAUCAUGCCUAUGGGCUUUGUGAGGGAUUCUUCUCUGAGAUGCAACUCUGGGAAAGAGCAGAGUCAUAUCUGUGAACACGUCUGAAUACAUAUGCACUGUCUUUGCUCGUCUGAAGACCUAUUGACUUUUGUUUUGCUACAUUAGCAUAAUGAAUUACUGAGGAUGUGAGAGGUUAUAUGUAAUUAU